CUCGCAUUGGAAUUUCUGUUAGGGCUGCGAAGUAUUGAGCUCGGAAGAGACUUUUAUCACGCAACAUUGGUUUCUCCCGUAAGAAUAUUGCGCGCUGAACUAUUUUUCCUCAUUUCCAUUUCGUUAUGUGCAAUUCAUAAGAUAAAAAAAUUUAAUGAGGUUUAAUGAUUUAAUGAACUUAUAUCUACAAUUUCAUAGAAGAUCCGUACGAUCUUUUAACUACGUAUUAAAUGUACGCGAUGUUCGCUACAAAACUGCAGAAAUUUGUGUUAUUUAAUACUGAUACGAGUUUGUUAUGUCGUACAGAGCAAUCAUAAUUGGCUAUAAAAAUGUUGCUUUUUCUUAUCGUAGAAAUUUGCAACGUAUUGACAUAAUCGUUCACAAUAUUGGUAUUUUUCCAAACAAUUAUUUGCUUUAUAAUUUAUUUGUGGAGAAAAUUCCUUGCAACAAAUCUUUAUUUUUUAUUUUCAUAGAACUUAUCGGUGCAAAAGAUAACCUUAGUGAGAAAAAUACUGUGUUUCUUCGUGCCGUUAUGAAGGAAUUUCUUAUAGUCGACAGAGGUCAAACAUGCACGAUCCUUAUUGAAUAUUCGAUGAAUCUUCCUCAAUAUAUGGACGUCGUUAGCGCCGUGAAAAUUAUUGAACCAUUGAUAACGUUCGUAGGAUUAGUGGCUACGUUUCUUCUGAUUAUCGUUUCAUGCUCGCAUCAUGAACUAUGUUCGAAACGGCAAGAACAAAAACCUUCCGAUAGUUACGCAAUUAUUUACACAAGUCUACACAACAAAAAAAUUCACUUUGGCUGACGCAUAUAGAUACGCAUAUUUUUCUGUCGACACAUAAAUGUUCAUAUGUCGACAAACAGAAGGGUAUCUAUUGUAAAUUAUAAAUAUAGAUAAGCUCAGGGGUUUUUACGUGGGAAACCCAGUUUACUCACUAACGAUAUACCGAGUGAGUUUUUUAUCUUGAGACAACGAAAAAUCUCGAGAACUGCACAUCAAAUCAAAAAAAGUUUCAGACAAAAGUUGUAUGGUUUCGAGGGGGCCAUAAGACGGUACCAUUGGUUUGACC